UCACAAACAUCCGGAGGCGCCAAUGAGCACAUUCCAAACCGGAACUUGUGCCCACGUGCUGCUGCAGCAGGCGGAAGAAAGUUUGUUUUGAAGCCGCCAUUCGCUUCUCCAACGUGACGCCAGUUUUGCAUGUGAUGUACGCGAGUUUUUGUUGAGAGACGCCACAAAUGUCUUAUUUAGAAAGUCAAGUCGAGCGCAGUUCUCUGGAAGAAGAGCAGAAAACCAUACAAAGCAAAAUAUCCCUGUCUGAUUGUGGAGUUUGUGGAUCAGGGAAAGCGAAGUACAGGUGUCCUGCCUGCCUCACACAUUCUUGCAGCUUGCUGUGUGUGAAGAAGCACAAAGAGGACUCGGGAUGUAGCGGAGUCAGAAACAAAACGGCAUUUGUGGCUUUGUCCCACUUUGAUGAAAUGACUCUUCUCAGUGAUUACAGAUUUCUGGAGGACACUGGGAGAUUUUCUGAUGGUGCCAGCAGAGACGGUCUGGUGAGAGCUCCUCGGACAACUUUUAAAAUAAAGUUACUGGCUGCUCAAGCCAGAAAGAUGAACAUCACUCUCAGGUUUCUUCCACUCACCUUCACUAAGAGAAGAGAAAACUCCACCAUCUUCAAUCCGAGAGAUCAAAUGUUCCUGUGGCACCUGAAGCUCAUGUUUCCUCAGAGCAGCUCGGAGUUCAGUCAGAGAAGGGUGCCUGAUGGACACACCUUAAAGCAAAUCUUGACAGCCUACAUUCAUCCAACAGAGUCAGAUCCUGUGUUCCGUCAAAAGUUGAAGAUGUAUGUUAAUGCUUCCUCAGAUGAUGUGAAGGUCUUCAUGAAAGCAGAGGGAAGAAAAGCUAACUCUGUCAGGUAUCAUGAAUUGGACACUGAGAAGAGCCUGAAGGAUAACCUACGCUUUAAAAUGCUCAUUGAAUAUCCUGUGCUGCAUGUUGUGCUCAGAGAUCAUUGGAAGGACUAUCCACUGAAAGGACCAGCUGAACCUGUAUCGGCCUGCGCUGGUUUUGCAACAAAGAACGUUGGGAUUGAUGGACAGAAAUGGGCUGUGGAUCACAUUUCACCACCAUCAGUGCAAACAGGAACCAACCUUCAGACAGCAGCUGAAGAGAUCAGCCCUGAAACUGAGCCACCGCUGGAGAAACGGGCAAAGAUAGGAGUGGAGGAGGAAGAGCAGGAGGAAGGUGAAAUCCUCGACAGCAGCGAUGAAGAGGAGAAGGUGGAAAGAUGUCCAGAUGAAAAUGUCCCACUUGAAAACAAUACUUCUGUUAAUGAUGUCAAGAAUAUGCAACAUGGUGUCGACCAAUAGAGGAAUAGGUUUUCAGGUGAGUUUUCCGACAGGUGAGGUCUGGAUGGGAUGCUGGAGAUAAAGGGAAGUAGUAAUGAUGUAAUAGAGGCUAAUGUUGCAUCACAAUUAAAUGAUUGGAAAGAAUUAUGUACUGGGUUAAAAAUAUGGAGUUCCAGAGAUCUGAAGUAUUUCCAUGUGUUUUUUGUUCAUUUAUAAUUUUUAUUUGAAUAAUAAAGUAUGUGUUUUAAUCUUCUCUGGGACUAAGCUUGUAUAAAAAGCAUCACAAUGUUGUCAAUCAGUUUGCAGGCUGGUAAAAAUCUCACUUUA